UGAACCAAAGGGCGACCAAGCUGGAGCUCAAGUCCUUUGCUCACAUCAUGAAGAACCAUCGGGCGGAUGAUGACUUCAACCAGGGGCUGGCUGCCAUGCUCAAGACCCGCGACUGGCCUAAGAGCUACCCCAACCUGAUGGCAUUCUGGCAGGCCAUGGCUGUGCUUCCACUGAGCACAGUGGAGUGUGAAAGAGGAUUCAGCAGACAGAACAUGAUCAAGUCGUGGCUGCGGACGAGCUUGUGCGAUGCAAGGCUGAGCGAACUCAUGACGAUCAACAUGCUGGACUACGACAUGGACUACGCCGAGAUCGUUGACAUCUGGAGGAAACAGAAGACGCGAAAGCAGGCUAAGACUGUGGCCUAUGAGGCUCCCCUCGACAAAGGCAAGAGUGCAGCCGAGGAUUCGGAUGAGGAGAUUGCAGCUAGUGAGGGUUCAUAUAAGGAUGAUGAUGAUGAUGAUGAUGAUGAUGAUGAUGCUGAUGAUUGAUGAGAUGCUGCUCUGUUACCGUGCCAUGUGGAUGUGA